CACGGCUCGGUCGCUAAGUCAUCGUGUGGUUUUCAGCAAGCAACAUGGAGUGUUUAAUAGGAAUUCAAGGUCCCGACUUUGUCCUAGUUGCUAGUGAUUCUGGUAGUGGGAGAAGUAUUAUACGCAUGAAAGAUGGAACUUACUCCUCAUGCAGCAGCCAACUUCACAAGGCGAAACUUGGCAGAUGCUCUACGAAGUUCUUCUGCUUACCAAGUCAAUUUGCUGCUAGCUGGUUAUGAUGACACAGAAGGUCCAGAACUUUAUUACAUGGACUGGCUGGCUUCACUUCAAAAGAUCCCAUUUGCUGCACAUGGUUAUGGAUCAUUCUUCUCCCUGAGUAUUUUGGAUCGCUAUUACAAACCAGGUUUAAGCCGUGAAGAGGCUACGGAGCUCCUUAAGAAAUGCAUUGAAGAGGUACAAAGGCGUUUCUUGGUUCGUCUCCCAGAUUUUUUCGUCAGAAUAGUCGAUAAAGAUGGUGUCCAUGAUGUUUCUAUUCCCUCUAAAAGUUGAGAAAGGAAAGAUCUAAAUGUUAUCAAAAAAUAAUUUUAGAUCUUGCGCGUUUGAUCUCUUUUCAACGUUUAUCGGAAAAUGUUCGUGAGACAUUUGAAGUAUCUGUCGUAUAAGUUAUAUUUUGAAAGUGCAUUGUUUUCAGAGUUAUAACUGUAAAAGUAGCCGUGAAAGUCUUUUGUUUUUGUACCGUCGAACAGCUGUGAUAAUAAAAUGAAGACAUUUCAUCAGU